ACAAUCGAGCAUCGGCAUAACUCCAUAAACCCCGCGACUAAUCGGCUGUUGGCUACUGGCACUCUUCCAGAGGGGUGCCAAGCGGAGAACGCGAGCUACGGCGUGGGCCAGGAAUGGACUGAAGGGUGCCAGAAGAAGUGUUCCUGUUCUCCAGGGGGCGUGGCGAAGUGCGAGCCCAGGUGUCGCCUCGUGGCUGGACAAGGGGACGCCUCGUGCACGGAGAUUCCCGACGUCGAGGACCCUGAGUGUUGCGUCGCCUGCAAAGGAGCAGCAGACCCGGAGCGCAAGGAAGGCAGCUGCACCUUCAAGAACACGACCUACAGGCCAGGCGAUGUGUUCUUUGACGAGUGUGACCUCCGCUGCACUUGCAACAACAACAAUGAGAUUGAGUGCAAGCCGCGGUGCGAAUUCUCCCACGAGGCCGGAUCGGAAACGGAGCCCGGAUGCGAAUACUUCCCAGACCCCAAAGACUCGUGUUGCAAGUUGCGCGUCUGCAAUUCCACUUCCGAGGCGGCCCCCGAUGCUGCUCCUUCCCUGCCUCAGGAGAGCGCCGUGUCGACCUCCCCGGCGAGCCAGAAGGUCGCGGGGAUGCCCAAGUUGCUGGUCACGUCCAAGACCCACAGCUCAGUGACUCUUGCUUGGGACGAUUUCAGGGCCAGGGCAGUGGAGGAAGGCUACGUCGCCGAGUAUCGCGAAGUGGAGGGAGUUGUGGCGAGCGAGGAACAGCCGUGGAUGAAGAAGAUCGUGCCAGUGGGUGCCACUCCUCCCAGCCUCACUUCUGUCACUAUCGAAGACCUCAAGCCGAAUACUUUGUACCAGGUGCGAGUGUCCAUCUAUGAUGAGGUAGAAAACGGGCGCCUGGCUGACACCACCGAGACCCUCACUGUUAGAACUGAAUCUGGCUGUGUCUACGGCAACUCGUCUCAUCCUCUGGGAGAAUUCUUCAUUGGCUGCGAGGAACGAUGCACUUGCCACGCGUCCGGCGAUGUGAAAUGCUUCCAACGGUGCACUUUGCCCUAUUUCAAGAAAGGGGAGUUCAGCGGAGACGCCUUGUGCCGAGAACAGACAGCCGAACGGGACAGUUGUUGCGUCAUCGUUCGCUGUGCUACGAACACCUCCAACGUCGCCCUCACCAAUCUACCCUAUGAACCAUGCACGAACAUGGUCUGCGGACCCAAUGCUGAAUGCGAGGCCGACUCCAUGACCUCGGAUGACCCGGCAGCAGGAGGCAGCAACCUCUCCUUCGGCUACUGUCGCUGUCUCCCGGGUUACGUCGGGGAUGCCUCGGACCUGGAUAUUGGAUGUGUGCUAGACCCGGAGCGCAAGGAGGGAAGCUGCACCUUCAAGAACACGACCUACAGGCCAGGCGAUGUGUUCUAUGACGAGUGUGACUACCGCUGCUCUUGCAACAACAACAAUGAAAUUGAGUGCGAGCCGCGAUGCGAAUUCCCCCACGAGGACGGAUCGGAAACGGAGCCCGGAUGUGAAUACCUCCCAGACCCCAAAGACUCGUGUUGCAAGUUGCGCGUCUGCAAUUCCACUUCCGAGGCGGCCACCGAUGCUGCACGCGCUCCUUCCUUGCCGUCCAAUGGUUGCACGGAAGGCAACAUCACUUAUGCUAUGAAUGAGAGGUACUAUAAUGGCUGUGAGACGCAGUGCACAUGCAUGGGCUUCGGCGAUAUCUCCUGCGUGCCAAGAUGCCCACCACUCAAGGUUGUGUCCGAGACCCCCAAGAGGUGCGAGACCCUGCCAGACCCCUUGGACCCCUGCUGUUCCAUCACCGUGUGUGACGAUGAGACCCCGGAUGUCAUGAAAGCCAACCUCACAGAUGAAGAGCGAAAAAUGCUGAUGGAGAACAUGACCGGCAUUGAAAAGGUGAUGACGAUGAAAGAAAUGAUGAAGAACAUGACAGAAGUAGACAAGGAAAUCAUGAUCAAUAACAUGACAGCUGAAGAGAGGGAAAUGCUGGUCAACAUGACAAAAGCCGAAAGGAAAAUGAUGAACCAGACAAUGUCAGAGACAGAGAAGGAUAUGAUGAUGAAGAACAUUAUGGACCUGGAAAGAGACAUGGUGGAGAAGAACAUGACAGAGGUGGAAAUGGAAAUGAUGAUGAAGAACAAAACAGCCAUGGAGAUGAAUGCCCACAAUCACAUUCACAUGCAUGAGGAUGGAACCUCUCAUUCUCAUUCUCAUGACCACGAUAUGGACGGUGCUCAUAAUCACAUGCAUGAGGACGAUGCGGAACAUGCACACUUCCACACUCAUGAGGAUGGAACAAACCACAGCCACGCCCAUGGAGAUAUGGAACACAGCCAUACACCCGAUGGAGGUAUCGGAUGGCAUGUUCAUGAGGAUGGUACGAAUCACAGCCAUGCACAUGACAGCUUAGCACACACGCAUGAAGGUGAUUGGCAUGUUCAUGAGGAUGGCACCAAUCACAGUCACCCACAUGGCAAUAUGGAACACACUCACGAAGGAGGAAAUGAUUGGCACAUUCAUGAAGAUGGAACAAAUCACACUCAUGCGCAUGGCAACAUGGAACACACUCAUGACGGAGAAGGCGUAUGGCACGUUCAUGAAGAUGGCACCAACCAUAGUCACCCACUUGGCGAUAAACCACACAGCCACACCUCAGACGGAGAAAUCGUAUGGCACAAUGAGGAGGAAAAGAACAUGGCACACACUCAUGCAGCAAGUGACUGGCAUGUUCAUGAAGACGGCACCAACCACAGCCAUUCACAUGACAACAUGGAGCACACCCAUGCAGGAGAACAGGCGUGGCACGUUCAUGAAGAUGGAACAAAUCACAGUCAUGCACAUGGUAACAUGGAACAUACCCAUGAAGGAGAAGAUGUAUGGCACGUUCAUGAAGAUGGCACCAAUCACAGUCAUCCACAUGGCGAUAAGCCACAUACCCACACUGAUGAUGGAGAAACCAUAUGGCAUACUCAGGAAAAUGGCAACAUGACACACAUCCAUGGAACGAAUGAUUGGCAUGUCCAUGAGGAUGGCACCAACCACAGUCAUGCACAUGGCAGUAUGCCACACACCCAUGGAGAAAAUGAUUGGCAUGUUCAUGAAGAUGGAACAAAUCACAGUCAUGCGCAUGGCAACAUGGAACAUACCCAUGAAGGAGAAGAUAUAUGGCACGUUCAUGAAGAUGGGACCAACCACAGUCACCCACAUGGCGAUAAACCACAUAGCCAUGCUGAUGAUGGAGAAAUUAUAUGGCAUAGUGAAGACGAAAACGAUAUGGCACACACCCAUGGAGAAAAUGAUUGGCAUGUUCAUGAGGACGGCACCAACCACAGUCAUGCACAUGAUAACAUGGGACACACUCAUGGAGGAGAAGAUGUAUGGCACGUUCAUGAAGAUGGCACCAACCACAGUCAUCCACAUGGCGAUAAGCCACAUAGUCACACCGCUGAUGGAGAAAUUGUAUGGCACACUGAGGAAGAUGACAAUAUGACACACCCCCAUGGAGCACACCCCAACCUCAACGUUCUAGAGAAGUCGAGCAGAGCAAAUGACGAAGGCAGCUACGAUUUGGAUAUCCUGAAAGUGACGGCCCUCAACGCCACAGCCGCAGAGAUCCACCUGGCUGUAUCCGAUGCCAUGCUCGAGGCUUGGACCAGGAAUCCUUUCCUGAUCGUCCUUUACAGCCCCGACUCCAUCACUUGGUCCAAGAAGAACAUUUCCUCCGAGAACAUCAGGGUACAAAACUCCAGAGAGAUGUAUGUGACCGUCGGGGAGCUACAGCCAUCCACAGCCUACCAGUUCCGCGUCGCCUUCCACGACUCCGUCAGUUCCACAGCCAAGGUGCAGCUGCUGGACGGCCCUGCUGAUCUGGGCGUGGACAUCGACGUCAGCAACAUGUGCGAGUACGAGGGCCACUAUUACAAGCGAGGCGAGAACUUCUACCAGGGCUGCCGACAGUCGUGCAUGUGCUCCGAGGACCUGGAGGUGUACUGCGCCGACAUCGAGUGCCCGGUCUCCUUUGGCCUCGACAUCAUCGACCCCAACUGCCUCGAGUGGGACAUCGAUCCGGAAUACGUGCUGACGCCGCCCAACUGCUGCCAGCCCGUCAAGUGCGUGUCGACGGCGGCCUGCGAGUACAUGGGCCAGACCUUCAACAACUACGACACCAUCCCGCGCGAAAUCACCGGCUGCUCCCAGGAGUGCAGCUGCAGCUACGGCAAGGUGACCUGCCAUGACCUGUGCGCGCCAGUGACCGAUGCCCCUCCGCCCGAGUUGGAAUGCCCCCCCGAGAAGGCCGUGCUGAUCACCCUGCCCGGGGAAACCUGUUGCAGGUCGUGGCAGUGCGCCGCUCACACUGUUGCAGACUUUGAGUUUUUGGCCACAACGGAGGUGGUAGAGACUACGCAGUAUGCAGGGUCCUCUCAAGGUGUGUCGGCUGUGUUCCCCCUCCCGCCGGUCUCAAUCCUGAACGGCCCCCCCACCUCCGGGUUUGUGCCCAUCGGCCCCCCCUCACCCCCUCACUUUGGUGCAGAGAACAGCAUUGCAGAGCCCGUUGUUCAGGCCUUGGACGCACGAACAGCACAGGUCUCCUUCGACACGCCGCCAGUGUACAAGGGUCUGCCCGGAGAGCUUCUUGUUAGAUUCACCAGUGAUCCCGUAGCUAACUCAGACCCAGCCACAUGGAAGCAAGAGAUCCUGGUACCUAUGGGAACGAUCAUCAACCACUCACAGUGGAACCACGUCAUGACCAGCCUGGAACCUGGCACCUCUUAUGCCAUGCAGGUUGUACUGAACGUCCAAGGGGCCCAGCCAGUCACUUCCCCGAUGUUUACGUACACUACUAUGGCUGAAGCCACCACGCCGUCUACCACAACACCUUUACCCCGUCUGGAAGUAAACGCUGAGCUCUAUGCAACAAAGGUUACUAAGACAACCGCCAAGAUAUCGUGGAGACGUUUCAAUGACUACGAAUUGCAGUACAUCGAUGGCGUGCAAGUCAAAUAUUCUGAGAAGGAUAAACUGAUCCCCAACGUUAGCCCGCUGCUCCACCACGACAGCAACCAGAUGGAAUUACGUGACCUGCAGCCAGGCACUAAUUACACUGUCGACCUGGUACUGUUCCCUCACGAGAAUCUGUCCACACAGAUCUCCAACACUCAAGCCAUUACCUUUAUGACACUGCCUGAAGAAGAUCCAUAUGAAUUUGAGAUCGAGGUUCGCGCCGGCAAGGUUUCAUCCCAGACCGCCGAACUGUACUACUCGGGCGUGCCAGACCCGGAGGAGAAAUACGUCAAUGUCUUCAGAGCAGUGUACGUGCGCGAAGACGAGCGAGUGGACGCCCAGACCUUCAAGAUUCCCAAGACGGGUCACGAGAAGAAGAUCUUCCUCAGCGACCUGAAACCUGACGUCGAGUACAAAGUGUGGUUGGAGGCUUACCUUUCCAACGGCCGAAAGAAGACGAGCAACGUGAUCCCCAUUACUACCAAGGCUGGCGAACUCCCCAAGCCGGAGAAGAGUGAAGUUGACCCCUCGACGCAAGGCCGACGGGGAGAAGGACGGGUACUACGCCGCCCUGGUCGCCGUGGCCAUCAUCGCCGCCAUCGCCUGCGUGGGCUUCCUCGGCCUGCUGGUGAUCCUCCUGAGGAAGCAGAGCCACGCUAAGGCCCACAUCAACUCCUCGAGAAACAACGCCGCGUAUGACAACCCGUCAUACAAGGUAGGGGACAAUACAUACGACAUGGAGAUGAACGGCAUAAAGGGCAGCGGGAACGGAGCCACACACAUGGACGAACCUUAGGCUUUUGCUCACGACCAGGUGCUAAUCCUUGCAUCUUUUAACUCCUUUUAUUCUUUUUGUGUAUGUGUUUUUUUUUUUGUUUUUUUUUAGCUACUUUUAUUUCCUGAUUUUUGUUAGAUAUGUCUUUUUUAUAUAUGUGGAAAGUUACGGCAUUUCGAAGGCAAGGUCUUUGAAGGAUGCCCAGUAUCCCAGUGAUAGUGUAUAAAUCUUCGAUCACUGUUACACGUGUAAAUAAUUGUUUGGAGGAAAACCUUGUGGCUCUACAAACCGAGUGCUGUUAUAUCACCUGGGAGACAGUUAAAAAAACAAACAAACUCGUAAAUAUAAAAUGGUCUUUCUUGUUUUGUCUAAUUUGAUGAUGGUUCUAGGCAUAAAAUGUAUGUACUUUACUCAGGUGAUUCAUCAGCUGGAUAUAGUAGCUGCCAGUUUAGGUUUUAGUGUAACAUAAAGUGCACCAGCCAUUGCUUUUUUCCCCCCAGAAACAUUUUCUUCUUAUUCUGUCUCUUGUUUGUUCAUGGUAUUGUAAUAAUAAAUAAUUGCUUAAUACUAACUUCUGCUUCUCUCCGUUGGAUUUUUUCUAUUUAUACUGUAGGUAUUUAUAUUUCCCUCAGAGAUGGAACAUAACACAGAGUACUGGUGCUUUGUGAAUAAUUAGGUUGUGCCUUUUUAACAAAAAAAAUACUGUACUUAAUUGUGCCAUUAUUGUACACUAUCACUUAAGAAAAUUGUACAAUGAGACACCUGUUAUCCUCUAUGGAUUUAACUACGAUAUUGUUUUCUCUCUUUUUCACUAAAAAUGUUAGUUUUUCAUCAAAAUUCACGAGCGGUAUGAUGUAAAUUCCCAGUUGUUUACGUUGCAAAGUAUAUUUCUCUAUUGCAGAACCAUUUGGUAUGUGUCUUUCCUACCCUCAUGAAUUUUGGGGAAAAAUUUAAACAACCUUUGGAGAGAUUUUGGCAAUAUAUUAAAACUUCAUAUUAGGUAACAGAUAAGAGGUCCACAAGGAUAAAAUGUGUGAUGCUGGACUCCUUUAUCCAGGUUUUUACUCAACCAUGUCUCAUGUACUUAGACUUGUAGAGCCUGCCAAAGGUGUUCCCUCUUAUGCCUGAGUGUUUUGUUCACUGAAGACGUUUCAGUGCAAAAGGAUAUUCUUUUAUUACUGCAGUAUGUAAAGAGAGGCUUUGAAAAAUAUGCAUGAACUAUACAUUAACUUUGCUUAGAUUUUUUUUUUUUGAAAGAUAUCCCCAGGUGAAUUAAAUACUUAAGUUGGCAUAGAAGGGAUUUUAUAAAUGUGACUUAGUGAUGUUUAUGAAUGUAGGUACACUUGGCAGUUCUUUACAAGUUUGGUACUAAUUUUCUACCUGCAAUGAGAAGUCCUACUUUGAUAUAUGUGAUAAGAAUUGUGUAAAAUUGCCUAAUAUAGAGUAAGUUUUUUAAUGAUGAUGAUCAUAAUAUUCAAGUAAUAUAGAGUAAUUGCCGUGAACUGUAUUUGUAUUUUUGUACGUUGAUACACAGAUUAAAGUUACGAUGAAAAUAGAAAAUAUGUUCAUGUGUAAUACUGAAAAGAAAUGUCAGUAUUACAUUUGAAAACACCACUAAAGUGCUCUUUUAGGAUGCUGUUAAAGAAAGUCAAUAUUUUUUUGUUAUUUUUAUAUUAAAAAUGCAUAAUGUAUCAGUACAUCAUAUAAAAGAAUUUAAAGUUUAAAUCAUGAUAUGAAAAAAAUAUGAAAAUUCAAGGGUUUUAUGUACAGUUAUAGCAAUAAAUUAUUUUUAUUACCUCGAAUGAUGUACUGCUCCUGUUUUAACUACGAUUUGUGUUGAUGUAAUUUUCAUUCAGUUGUGUAAUUACUGAUUGUUUGUCUGUUAAAAGAUAAAUUCAGGUUGAUAUGUUAACAUGGGUGCAGCCUCUGUGUACAGAUUUAAGUGUAAAAAACCUGUGCUUGUAUGCACAUUAAAUUACUUUUAAGAUU